AUGCGUUGCUACACGCCCGUCGGCAAGACUGCCCAGGGCCACUUCGCCUUGUCCGUCGGCGUCCGCGCUCUGUCCUACUUCACCAAAAUCUUUGGCAUCCCCUAUCCGCUGCCCAAGCUGGACAUGGUCGCCAUCACCGAGUUCGCCGCGGGCGCCAUGGAGAACUGGGGUCUCGUCACUUAUCGCGAAGCUGCGCUGUUGAUCGACGUCCACCAGUCGUCUGCCGGCCGCAAGCAGGGCGUCGCCCGCACCGUGUCGCACGAGCUAGCCCACCAAUGGUUCGGUAACUUGGUCACCAUGGACUGGUGGACCUGGCUCUACCUGAACGAGGGCUUCGCUCGGUGGGUGGAGCACCUCUCGGUCAACCACCUGUUCCCCGAGUGGGACAUCUGGACGCAGUUCGUGACCGACGUGCGCGGCUCGGCCACUAGCCUGGACGCCAUGCGCAGCAGCCACGCGAUCGAGGUGGACGUCCACCACCCGGCCGAGAUCAACGAAAUCUUCGACACCAUCUCCUACGCCAAGGGCGGCACCGUGAUACGGAUGCUCUCGUUCUAUCUGACCGAGGAGGUCUUCUUGAAGGGCCUCAACCUUUACCUGACGCGCCACUCCUACGCCAACGCCACCUCUGAUGAUCUGUGGAGCGCUCUCGAGGAGGCGUCGGGCAAGCCCGUGCGCGACAUCAUGAACUCGUGGACCAAGCAGGUGGGCUACCCCGUGCUGAGCUUCGAAGAGGUGGGCCACAAGGAGAACAAGACCGUGUUCAAGGUCCGUCAGACGCGUUUCCUGAGCAACGGCGAAAAGGACGAUGAGCCGGUCUGGAGCGUGCCUGUGGGGAUCAUCGCCGAGAAGAAGAAGGACAUCCAGUUCUUCCUCAUCUCGCAAAGGGAGCAGGAGAUCGAGGUCGAGGUGGGCAAGGACGAGUGGAUGAAGGUCAACGCCGGCAUGACGGGCAUGUUCCGCGUCAAGUAUCCGCAGGAGAGGCUGAAGCUGCUCGGCGCCGCCGUGCAGAGCAAGGCCUUCUCCGCCGCGGACAGGCUCGGCAUUCAGGACGACCUGUACGCGCUGGCCAAGGCAGGUCUGGGCUCGAUCGUCGACUAUCUGGGCUUCCUUGCCAACUACCAGGGCGAGGACGACUACUCGGUCGUCUCCGACAUCGCCACCAAUCUGGCCGGCCUCGAGCUCCUCCUCAAGAAGAUCUCGCUGGCCAUCUUCAGGCCGAUCAAGGCCAAGCUCGGCUGGGACCCCAGGCCCGACGACAGCCACCUCACCCAGCUCUUCCGCGCCCUCGUCAUUUCGCGUCUCUCCUCCUGUGACGAUCCAGAGACCGUCGCCGAAGCCAAGCAACGCUUCGAGCGGUACCUGGCCGGCCCGGCGUCGCUUGCGCCCGAUCUGCGCUUCACCGUCUACAAGUCGGUGAUCGCGCACGGCGGUGUCGAGGAAUACGAGGCCGUGCUGAAGCUGUUCCGCCAGUCGGACUUCAGCGAGGAGCAGAGGCGGUGCCUGCAGGCCUUCGGCGCCACGCGCGUGCCCGAGCUCCUGGUCCGCACGCUGGACUUUGCCCUCUCGGAGGAGGUGCGCACGUCCGACGUGCCCUUCCCCGUCGCCUCCGUCUCCUCCAACCCGGCCGGCCGAGACAUCGCGUGGCAGUAUAUGAAGGAUAAGUGGGUUAUCUUCGACAAGAAGUUCGGCGGCGGUCUCUUCAUCAUCACUUCGAUCGUGGGCACCUGCACCAACUACUUCACCACCGAGGAGAAGGCCAAGGACAUCGAGGCACGACUCACUACCACCACCUGA